GUCAAUCAUCAGACGCCACCAUGGAACUCCUGAUAUUGACCUGUUUCCUGGUUGUCACUGCGGUCGCCGAACCUCCAGGCUACAACCUAGCCACGCCCUCUGGGUCAGCAUUCUCCUCUGGUUCAGGAUUCUCAAGCGGUUCCGGGUUCUCUGGAGGUUCAGGAUUUUCAGGAUUAACCUCAGGAGGCUUUGGAUUUCCUGGAGGCAGCUGUGGUCAUGGACAGAUCCGUCAUGUGGACGGCAACUGCGUAACUCCUCAGAUCACCCGCAACUUGUAUGUGUACAAUGCUCCUGAGGUGACGCCGAUCGUUGGUCCACGACCAUACAUUCCCCCACCAAGACUUGACCAUAAUAUUGUGUUCAUUCGUAACCCAGAACCCCUCCCAGCCCUGGAACCAAUUGUGGUGCCACCACCUCAACAGAAAAAUGUCUUGUACGUCCUCAGCAAACGACCUGUGCACCAGCAGAAGGUCAUCCAAGUACCGGCACCAGAGCAAGAGACUCCGCAAUUGUACUUCGUCAACUAUGCCGAAGGCGACAACCCAUCUCUGCCCACCGGUGGCGAUCUUCAGUCUGCCCUCAGCUCCGCUGCCCAAGGUAGCGGUGAUCUGAUUGGUAACACCGUUGGCAGCUUUGGUGGUGGAAGUUUUGGAGGUGGCAGCUUAGGUGGAGGAAGUUUUGGUGGCAGCUCUGGUUUGGUAACCGGCUUUGGUGGCGGUGUUGGUUUUGCGAGUGACAGUGGCAGCUUCGGCAGUACAGCUGGAUUUUCAACGGGUUUUGGUCACUCUGUAUCUCAGCCGUCGAGGCUGUAUUCACAGCCGUAAAAUAUUAAUCCUUGGAUAAUG